UGCGCCCGCAGCGGCGCGGGGCGCGUGGUUCUCCGCGUGGAGUCUCACCUGGGACCCGAGUGAAUGGCUCCCAGGGGCUGUGCGGGGCAUUCGCCUCCGCCUUCUCCACAGGCCUGGGUCUGUCCUGGAAAGAUGCUAGCAACGGGGGCGCUGGCAGGAUUCUGGAUCCUCUGCCUCCUCACUUAUGGUUACCUGUCCUGGGGCCAGGCCUUAGAAGAGGAGGAAGAAGGGGCCUUACUAGCUCAAGCUGGAGAGAGACUAGAGCCCAGCACAACUUCCACCUCCCAGCCCCAUCUCAUUUUCAUCCUAGCGGAUGAUCAGGGAUUUAGAGAUGUGGGUUACCACGGAUCUGAGAUUAAAACACCCACUCUUGACAAGCUCGCUGCCGAAGGAGUUAAACUGGAGAACUACUAUGUCCAGCCUAUUUGCACACCAUCCAGGAGUCAGUUUAUUACUGGAAAGUAUCAGAUACACACCGGACUUCAACAUUCUAUCAUAAGACCUACCCAACCCAACUGUUUACCUCUGGACAAUGCCACCCUACCUCAGAAACUGAAGGAGGUUGGAUAUUCAACACAUAUGGUCGGAAAAUGGCACUUGGGUUUUUACAGAAAAGAAUGCAUGCCCACCAGAAGAGGAUUUGAUACCUUUUUUGGUUCCCUUUUGGGAAGUGGGGAUUACUAUACACACUACAAAUGUGACAGUCCUGGGAUGUGUGGCUAUGACUUGUAUGAAAACGACAAUGCUGCCUGGGACUAUGACAAUGGCAUAUACUCCACACAGAUGUACACUCAGAGAGUACAGCAAAUCUUAGCUUCUCAUAACUCCACAAAGCCUAUAUUUUUAUAUAUUGCCUAUCAAGCUGUUCAUUCACCACUGCAAGCUCCUGGCAGGUAUUUUGAACACUACCGAUCCAUUAUCAACAUAAACAGGAGGAGAUAUGCUGCCAUGCUUUCCUGCUUAGAUGAAGCAAUCAACAACGUGACAUUGGCUCUAAAGACUUAUGGUUUCUAUAACAACAGCAUUAUCAUUUACUCUUCAGAUAAUGGUGGCCAGCCUACAGCAGGAGGGAGUAACUGGCCUCUCAGAGGUAGCAAAGGAACAUAUUGGGAAGGAGGGAUCCGGGCUGUAGGCUUUGUGCAUAGCCCACUUCUGAAAAACAAGGGAACAGUGUGUAAGGAACUUGUGCACAUCACUGACUGGUACCCCACUCUGAUUUCACUGGCUGAAGGACAGAUUGAUGAGGACAUUCAACUAGAUGGCUAUGAUAUCUGGGAGACCAUAAGUGAGGGUCUUCGCUCACCCCGAGUAGAUAUUUUGCAUAACAUUGACCCCAUAUACACCAAGGCAAAAAAUGGCUCCUGGGCAGCAGGCUAUGGGAUCUGGAACACUGCAAUCCAGUCAGCCAUCAGAGUGCAGCACUGGAAAUUGCUUACAGGAAAUCCUGGCUACAGCGACUGGGUUCCCCCUCAGUCUUUCAGCAACCUGGGACCGAACCGGUGGCACAAUGAACGGAUUACCUUGUCAACUGGCAAAAGUGUAUGGCUUUUCAACAUCACAGCCGACCCAUAUGAGAGGGUGGACCUAUCUAACAGGUAUCCAGGAAUCGUGAAGAAGCUCCUACGGAGGCUCUCACAGUUCAACAAAACUGCAGUGCCGGUCAGGUAUCCCCCCAAAGACCCCAGAAGUAACCCUAGGCUCAACGGAGGGGUCUGGGGACCAUGGUAUAAAGAGGAAACCAAGAAAAAGAAGCCAAGCAAAAAUCAGGCUGAGAAAAAGCAAAAGAAAAGCAAAAUAAAGAAGAAGAAACAGCAGAAAGCAGUCUCAGGUUCAACUUGCCAUUCAGGUAUUACUUGUGGAUAAGCACAAAUAUUUCCUGUUUGGUUAAACUUUAAUCAGUUCUUAUCUUUCAUCUGUUUCCUAGGUAAACCAGCAAAUUUGGCUCGAUAAUAUCGCUGGCCUAAAUGUCAGGCUUGUUUUCAUGCUGUGCCACUCCAGAGACUUCUGCCACCUGGCCGCCACACCGAAAACUGUCCUGCUCAGUGCCAAGGUGCUACUCUUGCAAGCCACACUUAGAGUGGAGAUGUUUAUUUCUCUUGCUCCUUUAGAAAACGUGGUGAGUCCUGAGUUUGACUGCUGUGCUUCAGUCAACUGACCAAACACUGCUUUAAAUUACAGGAGGAGAACAAUAACCUACCAUCCGCAGGCAUGCUAAUUUGAUGGAAGUUACAGGGUAGCAUGAUUAAAACUACCUUUGAUAAAUUAUAGUCAAAGACUGUGUCACCUCAAAGGCCUUGAAGAAUAUAUUUUCUUGGUGAAUUUUUGUAUGUCUGUCAUAUGACACUUGGGUUUUUUAAUUAAUUCUAUUUCAUAUAUAUAUAUGUUUCUUUUCCUGUGAAAAGCUGUUUUUCUCACAUGUGAACAGCUUGCACCUCAUUUUAUGAUGCAUGAGGCAAUGGCAAAUAAGAAUGUUUGAGCACACUGCCCACAAUGAAUGUAACUAUUUUCUAAACACUUUAAUAGAAGAACAUUUCAGUAUAAAAAACCUAAUUUAUUUUUACAGAAAAAUAUUAUUGUUUUCAUAAAGUUAUGCAAAUGACUUUAUUUUAUUUUUAUUUCCUGCAUACCAUUAGAAGAAUUUUAUUUCAUUUCUUCAAAUUACAAAGCACUGUAAUACUAUAAAUUAGUGUAAUACUGUGUGAAUUCAUAGACUAUAAAAAACAUCAGAAAACAUUAUAAUCAUCAUUUUUCAACCAAGAUUUUGAAUGUAAUAAGAUGAAUAUAUUCCUUACAAAUUACUUGGAAAUUCGAUGUUUGCGCAGAGUUGAGACAACUUUAUUGUUUCUAUCAUAAACUAUUUAUGUAUCUUAAUUAUUAAAAUGAUUUACUUUAUGGCACUAGAAAAUUUACUGUGGCUUUUCUGAUCUAACUUCUAGCUAAAAUUGUAUCAUUCGUCCUAAAAAAUAAAAAUCUUUACUAACAGGCAAUUGAAGGAAUGGUUUGCUAACAACCACAGUCAUAUAAUAUGAUUUUACAGAUAGAUGCUUCCACUUGGCUACGACAUGGAGAAAAACGUUCCCAUAAUAAUAAAUAACAUUUAUAUUAGGUUGGUGCAAAAGUAGUUGCGGUUUUUCCCAUUAAAAGUAAUAACCUUACUCUUAUACAAAGUGGACGCUGUGGGGAGAUACAGAGAAAUGGAAGAUAUGGAUCCUGCCUGGAGUGAGUAAUCUUGCUUGGAAACCCCACAUGCAAAUGUCAUAAGGAGAAUUAAAGGAGUAUUAUCAGUAAUGAAGUUUAUCAUGGGUCAUCAAUGAGCAUAGAUUGGUGUGGGUCCUGUAGACCCUGGUGUUUUCUUUGAAGUGUCCUCUCCUAAUGCAGAGGCCUCGAAGCUCACAGUAUGCACUUGAAAAGUCACAGAUAGCUAGAAUUGUCAUCUUUGAAGUUAUAACUGUGAUCAGAAAAUGUGUGUGGUGGUAUGACAGCAUACCAUUAAAUACAUUUACAUCACAGCUCAAAGGACUGUGAUAUAAUACAUUUAUAUCACAGCUCACAGUUUAUGAAAAUGUAUAAAAGAAUCUGUAAUCUAGUACUGAAAUUACUAAAUUGGGUAAGAUGAUUUAAAGGAUUUUAAUAUUUUGUUUCUAGAAUAUAUGGCUCCAUUUUAUUUUAUAAAGUUGUAUUUCCUAAAGUUUGUGUUUUGUCGACAGUAUCUUUUAAAUGAGUCUUAAAAAUAUAGGCAUAUUGUUCAUGUUUUCCUGUCCUGGUGGCACAAAAAUAACGUGUCUUAAAAUAGAUGGCAUCUUUUACAUUUUUAAAAAAUAGACAUCUUUACACUAAAAAAGAGUUCUGAAGAAAGUAAGUUUGGGAGAUGCUGGGUUAAAGAAAGUCAAAGGAGUCACUUUAAUGCAGAUUUUUCUUAGAAUUUUUAAAAUCUUAGCUUGUAUUGUAACCCUGACAGAAGGAAAAUGUUAUACAGUAUUUCAUAAUUUCACCACAAAACUGCUCUCUGUGGAACAAUGCACAGGACUAGGGUUCUGAGGAACUAUACUGUUAUUGGAAACAUAGUGUAAACAUAGAAUCAUCUAGAAGUUCCUAGAAAGACAAAAAAAGAAGCAAAGAGGCAAAUUAGGAUUAUGAAAUACCAGUAGGUAUCACCUAUUGUGAUGUAAUUCUAAGUUCUCUAUAAAUGAUUAUAAUCUCAGUGAAAAUAAUUUAGCCCACAGUAUUCUACUGGAAAUGGCUUCAUGGAUGUUAAUCACUGUUUUAGAGAGUACCUGCCACCUGCCCAGGGCUCUAAGCAGGAUGUGGUUUACGAGAAGUCUCAGUGUCUUGCCCUCAAGAAAUUAAAAUAUAAUCUAAUAGUCAUGUAUAAGUCAUGAACAAAAAUGUUUCUAAAAAUGCUGUCAGCAAAUCACUAGGAAUUUCAAGAUGACCAAGAAGGAAAAUACUGUGUCCUUAAGUUUUGUGCCCUAAUCACUGAUGCCAUGUUAAUAUGGGGAAUUCAUUCUCAGGUGUUAGUUUCCUAAACUGUGAUCUUCAGGAUGCGUUUCUAGGCUGCCUGUGGUUCUUUCAAGUGUAAACUGCACCUCUUUUAAACCUCUGAUCUUUCUUAGGGUUUCAAAAGAAACUCUCAUUAGCUUUGUCGGAAAAUAAUUUUUGAAUAUGGCUAUGUUUCUGGGUUGAGAAGGGAUAUAAAAACAUUUUUUUCCAAUGAAAACAUCAACAACAAAAACAUUUGUCAUACCUUUCAGCCAGUGAAAACAUCUACCCCACGUCUGUCAAGUGUCAAGUCUAACUAAAGAACUUGUUUCAUCUGUUUUUACAUACUCUUGCUUCCUUUUUUUAAAAAUUGAAUGGAUAUUUUUGUUUUCUUGACCAGGCCCCUUUCAAAAUUCUUAAGAACAGAGGAACACUGUCAUUGAUAGUUGAAUAAUAAUACUUUUUUGUACUUUCAACAUUCCUCUGUGAGAAUAUACCAUAUUAGUGCGCACAUCUCCACAUUAUUUCUUUAUAUUACUGAACAGUGUUUUAUUAUAUAGAUAUGCCAUUUUUUAUCUUUUCACAUGUUAAUGGACACUUGGGUUGUUUCCAGGUUUAAGCUAAUAUAACUAAAAAUGCUAUAUAUUUUCACGUGCAGGUGUUUCUUGAUUUUUUAAGGCACAUGAAUUUCGCAUCAGGAUCAGCUUCCUAAGCAUUUUAUUCAUACGAUUUUUGAACAUACACAUUGUGAAUUUGUCAGUGGCAGAAUGCAUGAGGUUGGCAGGAAAAAAUUUCCUUGCCAAAAGCAGCACAAUUCCUCUGUGAUAAACUAAUAGCUACAUCGUUUCCUCAUACAAUGACUUCAUAGAAUUCAUUCACUCAUUCAACAAAAACUUGCUGCAUCUUACUCUCUCAGGCAAUAUUCUAGGAUCUUGGGAUAUAUCAGGGUAUGAAAUGAAUAAAAAUUCUUACCCUUGGGCAGGUUAUCUUCUAGCUGAGUGAAGCAGACAAUAAAUAAUAAACAUAACUAAUUAUAACAUUAUAUACCAUAUAAAGUAGUGUGAAAAAAGAGUAGAUCAGGAUAAGGGGAGGAUUCACUCUACACCAAGUUUAUCCAUCCAUUCAUUCAGCAUUUGUUAAGUGCCCCAUGUAAUGGUGUGCAUCGGGAUGUGAUGGCAAGUGACAUCACGCAGAGUCCUUGCCUUCGGGUAGUGCCCCUACCUUCAGGUAGUGCACAUUCUCCUAGAAGAUGCAGCCAUGAACCCAAUAAUCAAACACUUCAUCUCCGCCAUCCUCCCGCCAUGGCUACCCCACUUUCCUGCUUGAUCUUUCUCGUUAGCAUUUAAUAUGGUUCAGAUUUUACUCACAAGUUUUCCUUA